AAGAAGAUCUCGUUUAGCGGAAAGCGGAAAAAGAAUCUGUUUCGAUCUUCAAGACCCCCCCAAAACAAAGUGAAAAUCAAUUAAGCAAUUUGAUCGAGUUAGCAUUUCGAUUGUUUUUGUUCUUUUGUAUUGUUAUAGAAAUUUGAAAAGGAGCUCUCUUUUAUUGUGUAAAAUUAAAAAAAAUAUGGCUCAAGCCAUUGAAGAAUGGUAUAAGCAGAUGCCGGUCAUCACCCGCUCUUAUCUCACAGCUUCUGUUGUUAUCAAUAUUGGUUGCUCUCUCGAAAUAAUAUCACCUUAUAAUCUGUACUUGAACCCUACACUUGUGGUUAAACAUUAUCAAUUCUGGCGCCUCGUUACUAACUUCCUAUACUUCCGCAAGAUGGAUUUGGAUUUCAUGUUUCACAUGUUCUUUCUUGCUCGAUACUGCAAACUCCUUGAAGAGAACACUUUUAGGGGAAGGACUGCAGAUUUCCUUUACAUGCUCUUGUUUGGAGCUUCUGUCUUAACUGGCAUUGUGCUUAUUGGCGGAAUGAUACCUUAUCUGUCGGCAUCAUUUGCAAGAAUCAUAUUUCUAAGCAAUUCAUUGACAUUCAUGAUGGUUUAUGUGUGGAGCAAGCAGAAUCCUUUUAUACAUAUGAGUUUUCUGGGUCUUUUUACUUUUACGGCAGCUUACUUGCCCUGGGUGCUUCUGGGAUUCUCUGUCCUUGUUGGUGCUAGUGCUUGGGUGGAUCUCCUGGGAAUGAUAGCCGGUCAUGUAUACUAUUUUCUCGAAGAUGUAUAUCCCCGAAUGACAGGUCGCAGGCCCCUAAAAACUCCAUCUCUCAUCAAAGCACUGUUUGCGGACGAGGAUGUAGUGGUAGCACAGCCUGCAAAUGUGAGAUUUGCUCCCCCACCCGCAGAGGAACUUCACAGGGAUUAAUUAGUCCACCCUCCACAAACUAGACCAGUGGAGAUUACCUUGGCCGGUUUGAUCUCUGCAAAGUGUGGUUCGCCAUUUCGUAGAAAAAUGUUCAAAGUUGCAUGCUAAUUAAGUGGUUUUGCAUUAGCAAUGUGUAUAGGUCCUACUGGAUUUAUGUGGAUCCAUAGAUUUUUGUAAUUUAUACCUAGACUGGGUGCUUUUCUUAACAUUUAUAAUGAAGUACGACAACAUUACAUGA